AUGGACAUUUUCCGAAAACUUCUUCCUUCUCAAAAAGAAGCUGCUGCUGAGACUUCGCAGCGCCAAGUUCGAAUUCCCCCCAACAAAUGCACUGCAGCCAACUUCGUCUUCGCCAACACCCUCGGCACCGGGUCUUUUGGCCGCGUCUUUCUGGCGCGCCGCAAAGAUGACCCCACAUCUCCGCCUGUGGCUAUAAAGCGGCUGAAGAAGUUUGCUGUUAUAAGACAGAAGCAAGUUGAUCACAUUUUGUCGGAAAAAAGAAUUCUCCAACUCAUCAACCACCCUUUCACUGUGAAUAUGCUGGGCACUUUCAAAGACGACCACUACCUUUACAUUGUAAUGGAAUACGUAAUAGGGGGGGAGUUCUUCACAGUUUUGCGGAAAAACCGAAGAUUCGAAAACGACGCCUCGAGGUUCUACGCGGCGCAAGUGACCACCAUAUUUGAGUACUUGCACGGCAGAAACAUCAUUUACCGGGACUUGAAGCCGGAGAACUUGCUGGUGGACUCUGAGGGGUAUUUGAAGUUGACGGACUUCGGCUUUGCCAAAGUCAUAGAGCACCGCACUUACACCCUCUGCGGCACUCCCGAGUACAUCGCGCCCGAAGUGCUGCUGAACAAAGGCAAGAGCAGCAGCAGCAGCAGCAGCAGCAGCAGCAGCAGCAGCAGCAGCGGCAGCAGCGGCAGCAGCGGCAGCAGCAGCAGACGCCGCGCGAGCAGCCGCCGCAGCACCCCGGCGGCCCCAACGCACGCGCCACGCAGCAGCAGCACACCAGCACCAGCAGCAGCAGCAGCAGCAGCAGCAGCAGCAGCAGCAGCAGCGAAGUGUUUGUUUGCUGCUGCUGCUCGCAGGCCACGGCAAGCCCGUGGACUGGUGGACUAUGGGCAUUUUGAUUUACGAAAUGAUUGUUGGCUAUCCGCCUUUCUUCGACGACGAGCCAAUGGGGGUUUACCAAAAGAUUUUGGGCGGACGAAUAAUGUUCCCCAAGUCCUUCGACAACAGCAGCAGCAGCAGCAGCAGCAGCAGCAGCAGCAGCAGCAGCAGCGGGGGUGUUGCUGCAGGAACGCGAAGAUGCUGGUGAAGCGGCUGCUGACUCCGGACUUGGCGAAGCGUUAUGGGAAUUUAAAAAACGGAGUUGCUGACAUAAAAGAACACAAGUGGUUUGCUGCUUUCGACUGGCACGCGCUGCUGCAGAAGCAGCUGCCGCCCCCCUACAAACCCGCCUUCAAG